UCUUUCCCUCCCCUGCACUAUUCUCCUCUCUUUCUCUUUCUUUCUAAGCCUUUUUUUCAAAGUACAGAGAAACCUUAUUGGAAGGUUUAAAAAUGGCGAAACCAAAGAACUACGGCAACAAUACUAAGUUAGCUUAUAUAUCAGUUCCAUCUCAGAUCAUAAGUUCAGCUUCAUCUUCUUCAUUACAAUCUUUAUUAUUAUCUCCUAAAAAAUCAUCUAAAAACUCAAAUAACAGUAGAUUAUUUAGUACUAGUAGAACAAACCCUAGAUUUUGGUUUUUUCUUUUGUUCUUCUUAUCCUUCUUUGGAAUGUUAAUGAUGUGGUUGAAUCUUGAUACUUAUUUAGUUCCAUUCUCACCAUACCCAUGUUCUCAAUCUCAAUUUACAUCAUCUAAAAUCACUGUUACUGAUCAGAACUCAUAUUUAGUUUCAUCUAUUGAUCAAAUUGAUGAAGAAGAUGAUACUGUUGAUGACGAUAAAAUGUUUUGGGAACAGCCUAAUGGUUUAGGUUAUCGUCCAUGUCUGGAUUUCAGUAAAGAGUAUAAAAGCUCUAGUAUUGAAGUUGUGAAAGAUCGGACAAAGUAUUUAGUGGUUGUUGUUGCUGGAGGAAUGAAUCAACAAAGGAAUCAAAUCGUUGACGCAGUUGUGAUUGCGAGAAUUCUUGGUGCUGCUUUGGUUGUUCCGAUCUUACAAGUCAAUGUAAUCUGGGGUGAUGAAAGCGAAUUUUCUGAUAUAUUUGAUCUGGAGCAUUUUAAGAAAGUUCUCGCCGAUGAUGUGCGCAUAGUUUCAUCACUACCAUCAACACAUUUGAUGUCAAGACCUGUUGAGGAGAAGAGAACUCCACUCCAUGUUUCCCCUCAAUGGAUUCGUGCACGUUACCUUAAGCGAAUGCACAGAGAAGGUGUUCUACUCUUGCGUGGACUUGAUUCUCGUCUCUCUAAGGAUCUUCCGUUGGAUCUUCAGAAGCUUCGAUGCAAGGUGGCGUUUCAUGCGUUGAGAUUUUCACCACCAGUUUUAGAACUUGGAAACAAGCUUGCGGAGAGGAUGAGGAGCAAGGGACCAUAUGUAGCUCUUCAUUUAAGAAUGGAAAAGGAUGUUUGGGUGAGAACGGGUUGUCUACCAGGCUUGAGCCAUGAGUAUGACGAAAUUCUCCACAAUGAAAGGAAGUUGCGGCCUGAGCUUCUCACAGGACGAUCAAACAUGACUUAUCACGAUCGCAAACUUGCUGGGCUCUGCCCCUUAAACGCAUUGGAGGUUACAAGGCUGCUAAAAGCUCUGGGAGCUCCUAGAAGUGCUAUGAUAUAUUGGGCAGGAGGGCAACCUUUUGGUGGAAAAGAAGCCUUGCUGCCUCUAACAAAAGAGUUCAGUCAUUUCUAUAAUAAGGACGACCUUGCAUUGCCGGGUGAGCUAGAGCCAUUUGCAAAAAAAGCAUCCCUUUUGGCAGCUCUGGAUUAUAUAGUUUCUGAAGAUAGUGACGUUUUCAUGCCAUCUCAUGGGGGAAAUAUGGGUCAUGCAAUUCAGGGGCACAGAGCUUACGCAGGCCACAAGAAGCAUAUCACCCCGAACAAAAGACAAAUGCUACCGUACUUCCUCAACUCAUCUCUCCCAGAACCUGAAUUUAAGAGGAUAAUAAGAGAGCUACACCGUGAAUCAUUAGGGCAACCAGAACUCAGGACUAGCAAGCAAGGAAGAGAUGUAACCAAGUACCCUGUCCCAGAGUGUAUGUGCACCGACUCGAAAACAGAAACCUUCUAAAAGAAUCAAAUAUCAGAGGUUUCCCAAGAAGACUAAUCAAAGCUGAGUUAUUCUGUGUAUGAGAAUGCUAAUGAUGCUUUAACCUAUCAAGGUUGGUCCCCUUCAAAAUCUGGCAACUGAAGUCGAAACUCUAUGUAAACAAAUGCCAGAAUCUCUGAUCGGCCUUCAGAGACAAGUCCAAGGUACUUCUGGAAGCCCAUCUUUCAACUACCUUCAUGACAUAUGAAGACAGAUUAGUGGAGGUACAACUUAUGAUCCCAUUUGAUGAUAAGGUCUUUUUGUUGUAUGUAUAAAUAAAAUAGCACCAUCCAAAAGUAUUUUUAGAUAGUAAUAAUUGAUCCAUUCUUUUUUGAGAGAAAAGUUUUCUUUGUUUGGAGGGAAAUCAUUUGAUCAUUCUUUUUAAUUGAAAGUGAAUGUAAAUAUAUUUAUAUCAAAUACUUUGUAUAAAGAAAGUAAUCCUCUAAA